AUGGAAGCCAUAUAUGAAGUAGAGGUGACCACAGGCUCCAUGACCCAUGCUGGCACUUGUGACAAUAUAUUUAUCACUCUGAUUGGCACGCAUGGAGAGAGUAAGCGGACCAAGCUCGACAGCUUUGGAAAGGAUUUCAAGACUGGAAUGAAAAUGAAGUACAACGUGACAACCAAGUACAGCCUCGCCAACCUGCUCCUAAUCAGACUUGAGAAAGAGAAUUACAUGUUUUUGCCAGAGAACGACUGGUUCUGCUCCCUGAUCAGUGUGAGAACCCCUGAGAGGGAUGUGAUCCAUUUCCCAUGCUAUCGCUGGAUGGCAGAAGGGGAGGUGAUUGAGCUGCGAGAGGCAAAAGCUACUAAAAUCUAUGAAGAAAAAUAUUCACAGCUGAAAGAUCACAGAAAAAAUGAACUGAAGCUUAACAAACAAUUGUACCAGUGGACUGAGUUUAAAACAGGUCUCCCACAGUACUCAUGUUUUGAGGACCCCCUGUCUCUUCCAUCAGUGGUCCGUUUCUCUUUCACCAAAGGCAUGGUUUCAGCUUUCAACUGCUCCACAGCCCUUGACAAGUUCAAAAUGAAGAAACUGGCAAAAAAAUCUGAUCAAUGGGCUCAAAUGGAAGACAUGAAAAGUGCCUUUUGGUCAACCAGAACAACUAUCUCAGAAUACGUGCAGCUACACUGGAUGGAUGACGAAUUUUUUGGGUACCAGCUCCUAAAUGGCGCCAAUCCAAUGAUGCUCCGCCGAUGCACAGACCAUCCUUCAAACUUUGCUGUUACUGACGAUAUGGUGCAGCCUUUUCUGGGGAGUGGAACCUCUCUUAAUUUGGAGAUGAAGAAGGGGAAUAUAUUCCUAUGUGAUUAUAAAAGACUGGCGGAUUUACCUACUCGUGUGAUCAAUGGCAAACAGCAGUAUGUUGCGGCUCCACUCUGUCUGCUAUACAAGAACCCAGUGGGCAAACUUCUGCCUAUUGCCAUUCAGUUGAAGCAACAGGUGUCAGAGGAAAAUCCAGUUUUCCUGCCUAGCGAUUCAGAGCAUGACUGGCAGCUCGCUAAAAUCUAUGUGAGGAAUGCAGAUUGUCUUGAGCAUCAAGCAUCUUUCUAUUAUCUGCACACCCAUCUGCUGGCUGAAAUCUUUACAGUGUCAUUACUAAGAAACCUCCCAGCAGUGCACCCAAUGUAUAAGUUGAUGAUACCCCACACACGUUAUACCCUCCAGAUAAACGCCCUUAUCAGGGAGAGGUUUCUCAGGAACGAGGGUGUUGUCACUCAGGUAUUGACUCAAAAUUCAAGAUCUCUUUAUUUAUUGGAGGUGAAGAGGGCCCUCUCAGAGCUGACCUACAGUUCUCUGUGCAUGCCUGAGGACACCAGUGAGCGUGGACUACAAUCUAUUCCCAACUUCUUCUACAGAGACGAUGGACUUCGGCUAUGGGAUUUCAUCAAUGAUUUUGUAAGGACGAUGGUCCAGUUUUAUUACCAGAGUGAUGAUGAUGUGCUGCAGGACACUGAACUCCAGGACUGGAUCAAGGAGAUCUUUGUCCGUGGGUUUCUUGGGCAGAGCUCAACAGGAAUACCUCAGUGUUUUAGUACAGUUGAUGAGGUCAUCAAAUUUGUAACCAUGGUGAUCUUCACAGUUUCAGCUCAACAUUCUGCCCUCAAAGCAGGACAGUUUGACUAUGGUAGCUGGUUUCCCAACUCCCCUGGUUCUCUGAAAAGACCUCCUCCAACAUCUAAGGGAAGCUCAGACAAGAACACCAUGCUGGACACUCUGCCUGACAUCAACACAUCUGCAUAUAUAGUAUCAGUCUUUUGGCUCCUGGGCAAACCCUCAGCAGACUUAGUUCCACUUGGCCAAUAUCCUAUGGAUUACUUUUGCCAAACAGCGCCCCAGAAAAUUAUCAGAGAUUAUCAAGCAGAGUUGGCCUUUUUGAGUGAGUCCAUCAAAGACAGGAAUGCAGGGUUGCAAGUGCCUUACACUUACUUGUGCCCUGACUGGAUAAGCAACAGUGUGAGCAUUUGAUAUGAAGUGGUGUGACUCAGGUCUUCUGUUACAUUGUUUCAUAGGUAGAGGUUAAUGAAUAACAUUUAAAAGGAAAUUUUGAAUGCUGUUAUGUAAAUUAGAAUGAUGAUGAUAUUAACUUGGUAUCAACAUUCUGAUUAAAUAAAUGUUUUAAUUUAUGCAAAUCUACAGUUGAAAUUAAACUAGUCUCCUUUGUCAAUAUUGAUUUG